AUGAAGAGUUGUCUCAUCUUCGCGCUCAUGAGCGCAGCCGGAGUCAUGCUGGCCAAAGGUUCUCAUGCUGAGAUGAACACAGCAGAAGAUUUUACUAUUCCUUACAUGGUCUAUCUGCAGUCUUUCCCAGAACCCUGUGUGGGGUCUCUCAUUCACCCUGAGUGGUUACUGACUGCUGCUCACUGCCCCUUACCAGUUAAAAUCCGAUUGGGAGUUUAUCAGCCCAACAUCAAAAAUAAGAAAGAGCAGACACGGAAUUACUCAGUGACCAUGCCAUACCCUGAAUUCAACGCACAGUCUCUGAACAAUGAUUUGAUGAUGAUAAAGCUGUCCAAGCCUGCUGCGCUCAACAGCCAAGUGGGAACCGUAGCCAUAGCUAUGGAACCCUUACCAUUUAAUGACUCCUGCUUUAUCCCAACCUGGACCUGGAGUAAAUAUAAAAACUUUAGUGACCCUGACAUCCUGACUUGGAUAAACCAAUAUGCACUUCCCUUUGAUGAGUGCCAGAAUAUGCAAGAUGAAAGAGUGGCAAUAAACAUCAUGUGUGUGGGACAGCCUCUAAAGACCCUAACUGAAAAUAAGGAAGUUUCAGCAGCUCCAGCCAUCUGUGGUGGGAGGCUGCAUGGAAUCUUGACCUGGGCAAGAGGAAGCGUCACCCUGGGAGGUGAAGGAUUCUUCACAGAAGUUGAUCCUUAUGCAAGGUGGAUCAUGAGUGUCAUUGAAAGCCACUGA